AGCGCGUGCAAAGAAUACAACACUUACAGCUAAUAGUUUUAUGUACUCUGUUUAUAUAAAGUAUUUUGAAAGUGUUUAGUUCGCAGAGUUCGGCGGUAAUCAUGAAAUUGGAGGAGGUUAGAAUUUUUUUCAUUAACGUACCCUAGUUGCCAAUCUAUGCUGAGUGUCUCGACAGUAAGACGUAUGUUCUUGAGAGAUUAGAGCCAAACCCAGUUACAAAUACUGUUAUGAACUCUGUUAGUCCUAUAAGGACAGAAGCUCAAGAACUAUUUACGUACUCGAUGAAGCACGCAUUAAAGUACCAAUCAAGCAUUAGAAAUCUCACCGCAUCUAUAACCAAAGUAAUAAGGGAUGAACCGGUUGUAUUAGCUCGUCUAGGAUUCGUUGUUAGUUGUAGUUUGGGAGGCUGGGUUCUUGGAUAUAAAAGCCGUUCUUUUCGCAAGUUGGUUUACGCAUCCAUAUGUGGUUCUGUUGCAACCGUUGUUUCUUUCCCUAGUGGCUCUGUAUCUAACCUUAAGUACGCCUUUGAUUUUGGGUCGAACAAGCUCUCUGAGAUCGCAAAAAGAUUCAGUGUAAGUUCAUUGCAUCUUUUGUCAUCAUCGUUUAAUAUUUCAGUCGUAGGAGUUAUGAGCAUGCACACAUUUUGGUUAUCCGUGAGAUUAUAAACCUACUUUGCUGUGUAACUACAUUUUAGCCUAAUCAGUCAUAAUCUUGCAAUUAGACGUUUUUUCUUCAAGUUCAUGGGUUCAGAUAUUUGUUCAUACGGGUAGUUGAACCGCUUGUUAAUGGUUUAAAUUAUGGUUAGCCUACGUCAUAUAUAUAUACAUAUAUAAUCUUGGUCACAUUACUUUAUCGCCACGUAAUAUUUGUAUCGCCGCAUAACAUACUAGCCAUAAUAGUCGAGGCAGAGAACUGGACAAAUAUUUUGGAUUGCCAUGUCUGAAACGACGCCACCGACGUGUACUGUCAGCAAUCGGACAUAAGUCCCUAGGGUCGUCGAAAAUCGGUCGGUUUUGGUCAUUAUGUAGCUGUAUUAACUAGUAUUCUGACCAAUAAGUUACUGUAGUUAUUGUCAGGGUAGUGAUACUCCCUGAACUUUUAUCGUGAGGUAGGUUUUAAAUCCAAAUUUCAUUGGAAAAUCAUUUUCCAGCCCAGUUAGUUGACAUUAUAGCCAUAACAACUCGGGAUUUAUUAGUUUCCUUAUUAGUAUCAACUUCCUCAUGAAGUAAAGCAACUUGAGAAAAUUCCUGUUUCUAUAUUAAAUUUAAGUAUUAUGGUAGACGUUACUAAUGUUUAGUUUAUAGCAUCUAGUUUUUAUUGUGUUAGACACCGAAGCAAAUGGAGACUGUAUGUGGAGCAUACCGAUGUACAUCGAAAAUAUCUCUAAAUUAACACUACAACUACAGAAAAACUAAAGCAGUUUUUACUACUUAGCUUAAUAGUCGAGCAAGUCUAAAGCUUUCUGUUUCAAUACUCCUUAGCGAUAUUCAAACUAAUCGGUUCAAAUGUCAACCUAAUACAUUUUUGUACUUUCAUGCUAUUUUACAUUUUAGAACUAACAUCUUCGUUUUUCACAGUAAGCCGAAAAAAUACAAUGAUCUGUAAUUUGUCAAUGCAAUCGCCAGAUGAUAGUUAACAAUUAUAAGCAGUUAGGAUUCAAAAUUAGCUGUGUAAACUGAACCGUUUUGCAAUCGUAUGUCUAUUGCAAAUACUAUUUGAUGUAGUGUAUGAUCAAGUAAGAAGAGUUACUAAAAACCAAGUUAGACAACUAGGAAACAUUUACAAACAAUUUUUAAACUACUGAGUAUUACUUUAGAAUAGUUGUUUUUAUAGUUAUCCGUGUUUCAACAAUAGGAUCUUUGUGCUCAGAUCUAGGUUUACAUGAUGUACAAAUAUAAGUGGAUGUAAAAUCGGUUGUUACAGACUAUGUAAAUAGGAUAUUUUAGUGACAUAACGGCAGAACUUAUGGCUAUUGAGGUUGCUAAAGGUUGAAUAUUUCAUAUUGAGAAUUUGGUAUGUGCUGUGGGAAAGUAUAUAAUUUGGCAAAAAAUAAGUAGACUCCAUUUUUAGUAGUCUACAUAAAGCUUGUAAAGUCAUAAUUCGUAAUAAAUGCAAAGAUAGCUAUUCGCAUGCUAAUUUACUAUCAAAGGAAGAUAAAGCGAUCCCAAAUGCUUGUAGGGCACACAUAGGAUACGUAUAGUCCAUUGUGAAGACGUCCUCAGAGAUACGUCCAAAUUGCAUAAGUAUGUAUUCAUCUAAAAAAGAUAACACAAAACAAUUUGUUGUCAGUAUAUGUACUUGGACAGUCCAAGUUGAUGACAUCUGAAUUAAGUUGGUAGAAAUCAAGCAGUUUGGUGACAAAAGUUACGUAAAAUCUGUCACGGCCGUUACCAUGUCGCAAUAUGAUACAUACUAAAACGUUUGUAUCAUGAAUUCCCAAAAUAAUAAGAAUUAAAAAUCUAGAGCUAAAGGAUCGUCGUCAGAUAAUCGUUUGAGUAGUUGUAUUACAGUUCUUGUAAACAAAUUAUCAGUGAUGCUGUUAACGGAAAACGAGACCAUGAAGGUGAGAAUACCAAAACUUGUCCAGUUUCUUUUGUUACAAGCUUGACGAGAAAUAACUUUCGAUAGUGCAAACAGUGGUAGUGCCAGCCACUAACAUACCUAUAGAUCUAAUGGUGUCCAUUCGUAUACCAAAUUUAACAUAUCCACCCAUGGUUAACGCGCAACAUUCAUUUCAAAAUAAUUCAAGUUCUCAAUUGUAAAAUAAACGUGGGACCUGGUACGUAUUUACAUCGGUCCAAGUUACCACACCUCAUUAACACGGAGAUGAAGUUGUCAAGUCGAAUCUCAGGAUAGUGUUAGUAACAGUAACAUUAGUAACCGAACAAUCAGGAACUGAAGGAAAUAUAAAUUAGUGAAAUAGAAAAGUUGUACGGAAUCCAAAAGCUUAGAAUUGAAGGAAGACAAAGAAUGGAUGCACGUGUGCCACUGCUAACGGUUUCCAGCUAGGUCACUCCAAGUCUGUAACUAUUAGUUACGACAAUCAGGCGGACGCCAACCAGGUAGUCUAUACAACCGUCCAGUCGUCGAUGAUUUUAUGGAUUGAUGUCAUGCUUUCAGUUGGUCCACUUCUAGCUCCCCUCCGGUCUACUCUCACACCACACAUCUCCCGUCGAGGUAGGCUGUGGUCGGGCUUACGUCACACAUCUCAACCACCUGUUUAAGAUUUGCUACCCCAUCAAUCGACUUACCAUCCUAAUCUAGUACCGUGUUUCUAGCCAAAGCAUUGCUUAGUCAGUGGUCACGAAAUACAAGAGGAAUGCUUCGAAAACACCUACGAUCGAAUACUAGUGGUCUAAGAACAUCUUUUAUUCUUAAUGGUCAUUAUUAUGUUAUAGAACUAUUGCAGAGCAGAUACUAGUUAAUAUGUAAUGCGUUGUUUGAAUAAACGACGUUUUCAAAGUUCGAAACUCAUGACCCUCGGCUGCAGCUCGAAUGCAAUCGAAACAGAAAACAAACCUGUAGAUAACCUAUAAACUUUGAUGGAGAGGUGAUAUUCCAGCUUCAGUGUUGAUCGGUAGAAUUUGGGUUUAAGACUAGCAAACAAAUUUUGACAACACCCCCACCGCGAGAAGGCAAUGAAAAGGACUUCCCUGACAGUGGCUAUAUAAGAAAAUUUCGAGAGGGAAAGCUGACUCUCCUCACCCCCGGCCAUACUGAAAGUGCGUCAAGCUUAAUAGACAUGAAUAUGAUUGUCGACAUGUAAGUUCGGUUAGUUAUUCCUCAAGACACCAUUUAGUCCCGCCGACUGACUUUCUAUAGUAGCGUCUGUCCCCUACGGUUUUUCAGCAGUCGGGUCACCUCAGCUAAAUUAGAUAUUGUUGUCACCUACGGUCAGUCAUUCAACUUUGUCAGAAAUAUGUUAGAAUCAUUGUAGUCCAACUUAAGUGUGAUUACGUGCUAGUAUUAUUAACAGUGUAUUUUCAUGUGAAAAUCCUACAAUAUGAAAAUCAAUAAUGUAAGGAUAUUUUUUGAUUUCCUACAGUCGUGUUAUAUGUUAGAGAUAUUGCUUCUGAACUUUGACAUAUGGGGUUGGAUGAUCAUGUAUGCCCUCAAAAAGUUACUCGUACGAUGGAACCAACGAAUCCCUUCACGACUUCGUUGGUGGCAUGAUUGAACCAAGAAAGUUUUUGAAAUACGACUGACAUGAAAGGCUUUUCUAGAAAUGUGAUUGGAAUCUUACCGUCACUUCUGUGUACGAUUUGGAAGUUCUUCACCGAAGCUUGCGUAACGCGACCAUGAAAAUUGAGCACGUAUGAUUGGGUCUCUGAAAAUGUAUAAGCGAAGAAGAAUGAGUCUAUGUAUUAGUAAAUAUUAACCAACCUGGCAGUGGGGUCUUUUAAGAUCAAUUGGUAAUCAACACAAUGCAUAUGUUGAACUGAAUGCGUAAACAGCGGCUACAGGUAUCAUCUGGGAUAAACUAACAUGUUUCAAUUCGGUGAACAAAGUCACUGUAAUCACAGCUUCGUAAAUAAGAUUCUUAGUCAAACAGCUCAAGUGAAUAACCUUAACGAAAUUUCGAAAGGGGACAAAUAUUCCACCUUAACCGAAUGUUAGAAAGGCUUUAUAAUUGAAUAUAAAUUCAUUAUCAAUUAAGAAAAUAUGAGUCGGUAACUAAAUUUAAUGUU